UGAGACGUUAUGCUGUUUCUCAAUCAACUCAACAAUUGACAUUUGUCAACUGCUAGGGUAUACAAGCAUACUUCUUUCAGUCAUACACCAUGCCUGCAAUUCAAUCUUUGUCUCCAUCUUCCUUAUCCUCAUCUCCCUCCUCCUCAAGUCCUCAUCUGUAUAGUCAGAUUGUACAUACAAGGUAUGCAUAUCUAUGUUUCCCUCCCUCCCUACCCUUCAUGUUCAGAACAUAUACUAUGUACCAUCAUCAUCGUCGUCAUCAUUGUCAGCAUAUCCGUCUAAGCCACCAGACUGACCAUCCUCAUCUUCAUACUGCAGAGAGACAGACGGACGAGAACAGGUACAGAAAGAAUUUCACUGAGAAAAUACAAACAACUCCAAUCUUUCUCAGCGCCAUCCCUUUUUCUGGCCUGCUCGUUUGAUAACUCCAAUACCAUCCUCAUAACGGACUCAUUCUCGAAGUACCAUCUAUGACAAUUGCCUCUCACUUGGUCCCAGAGAAGGAAGCGAUGGGUUCCAUGACCACGCAAAUCGACCGGAACGCAUCGUCGUACCCCAUAAGUUCGAUAUUUCCCUAUUCCCUCGGUCUUCCAGCACCCGUAGUCGAGCUAAGCGCUUGUACUGACAUAGCCACGCCCGUACUGUGCGCAACGAUGGUAAUGUGAGUGUACAGAGGAUCCUUCUUAUUCACCACGGCCAGGAUCGCAUUCUUCACACGGUCACAGAUCAUCGACCGCACUCGUGCGUCUUUAGUGGUCACAGCCUUGCUGAGAGGGGCAUUGAUCAGAUACUUUCGGCCGAAAUCAGUGACGUUGACGAUAAAAAACAGUGGGGAGAUCAAGAACAUUAUAAUGGACGCCAUCCAUAGCGCCCAGCUGACGCAAUAAAACCAGCUCAAAUUGUUGGACAGCGGAUUUUCACCACUGGGUGAGGCAGCGGCGAUGAGAGUACACGGCUAAAAACAGUGUGCCGACGAACCACAGGAACAGGACGAAGGCCGUGAGAAGAAACCCACAUGCAAGUUUUCCCUUGUAGCAGCUGGCCCACAUUGAGGAGCAGCACCAGAAGAAAAUCAAGCAUAUGCCGCGCCACACCUGAAUGGCCAAGUUCUCGUCGCCCAUUUUAUCGAUAAAGUCGCCCCAGAAGGCCUCAUAUAUAUCGACACGGCAGCUGUUCUUCUUGAUGAACACACUGGUGCGGCUUGGGUGAGUUGGAUGGUCGGUAAGGUUGGCGAGCCCCGUUUUCCUCAUGCCUCUGACCAGCAACUUAAGCUUCUCAUCCUUCACUAUGUCGUCAUAGCCGGGCACCAGGAUGAUCGCCCUCUGUUCCAGCACACGAGAAAGAGGAGUGAGAUGCCUUGUGUCAGAUAUGUAUUGUGUGCUUACAUCUGGGUUGGGGGGGCGCUAGCCCUCUCCGUAUCGGCAUGCAAGACCUCCAUUAUGUGCGCCCUGCUGAAGCACACAUCCGUACAGCAUCCCUAUCACCUCCCGAACCGACACUUCGCACGGCAUGCCUAUCAAGCAUGAGCGUAAAACUGCAUCAAGGUAUACUCACAGGUUGCAUAUUAGCAGCCGUCUGUAUAACCACCUCCGUCGGUACAUGACCAUGGGGCUGCUCAAUAUCAUGAGGGGCUGCUUCUCGAGCUGCCAUUCCGUUGGCCCGCGGUUGAUGCUUCAUGAGUGCUUUCUCGUGCGGAAAGACUGCACACACCGAGACACACACAGAUGUUAUACAUACACACGUAGAGCUGUAUUGGUCAGCACUUGUACCUGCGUGUGUGAGCCAGUGCCAAAAUACGAAGGGCUGAAAACCAACUAGAACGCACCUAUAUGCGCGUCACAUGUACGUGAUUCAUAUGGCGCCCAGCCAUAGAAGCACUCAUCAUAUAUGUGUGUGUGUCUGUCGCUCUCAGUACUGUCAGGAAUGCCAGCUUGGCAAGACGAACCACUAUGAGCUUGUGAGCUAGGGUAGAUUACUGUGUAACGGAGAGAGAGAGAAGAAGACAAGGAAAGACAGACAAGGACAUAUACUGAUGAGACACGAUCUUAUCAGCCAUCACCGAAGUCAGAUCUGUGUUGACCACCCUUCAUGAUGCCAUACAUGGACAGAAACAACUUUGACUGACUGGCCAGUCCAUCGGUCUUACUAAAGUAAAAGCACACUCUUCACUGGGACUUACCGCCCAGCAGAUCCUCUAUUCAGUUAAGUACAGGAAAGGUCCUCACCGGCCUUUUCUCACUUGGGCGCAGCAACUUGGUUCUUGCUUAUCUGAGCCGAAGCCCUCGCCAGCCGACUGACAGAUUCUAACAGGUCUAUCAGUGUCUUGCGCAGUAUCAUCAGCAGCCAACUACAGUAUCAGCAGUAGUCAACUACUAGCAGUACCUGAAGAAAGACAACAACUACAUCAACAAAGCAGACAGCAUGGAUGACACUCAACCUAGAGACAAAAGCCACCUUCCCCGUCUUUACCGGCAGGAGUGGCGAGAACAACAUCAAGUGGCGCGAAUGAGACUUUACUCUUAGAGCCUACUUAGCAGCAAGAGAGAUGAAUGCGAAAAUAUAUUUACCUACUAAGGAUGAGGAUGUCCCGCCGAUGAAAAUAGCGGUGCCACAAAUGGACGGCAACAAUCAGCCCGUGGUGAACCAGCAGGGACAGCCAAUCCUGAUUGAGCAGGACAGCUCCAACCCCAAGAACCUCCGAUGGCUGUUCGGCUUCCUCGCCCUGCAAACAGCAGACAGGGCUAAGCGACUGAUUCAAGAAGCAUGCCAGAAGCACGGCGAGAAUGAUGCAUGGGCGUAUCUCGAGCUGCGAAAGCGGUUCAUACCUGAUCGUAUGCAGGUAUACAUAGGGCUCCUGAGGGUGACGAAGGAACCUUUUGUUGAGUAGUUAGUUGUAGAGAGUGACAUUUCAUACGCGCGGGGCUUCCUUGAGGCCAUACAAUGCCUUCCGUAGACGAACAACAUGGCCGGGCUUCUCAUAUCCAGGUGGGCACCGCAUAAAGACAGGCUUGUCCAGCGGGGCGUUGAGGAAUGCUGUGUUGAUGUCCAUCUGAUGGAUCUCUAGGUUAAAUUGAUUCGCCAGGGCAAACGCUGAUCGAACAAUGUGGUAGGAAAGCAUGGAAGAAAACACGUCAUCCACUUGGUUGCCAUCUUGUUCGAAUCCUUGCGCGACAAUGCGGGCCUUGUACUUGUCAGGCUUGAGGGCAAAUACCCAUCUGCAUAAGAUGAUUUUGGUCGUUGCGGCUUUCUCCGGCACGUACUCAAACACUCUCAGGUCUUCAAUCGACUUCAUCUCACGAUCCAUGGCUUCUUUCCAUUAGUCUGCUGCUGUUGACUUCAUCGCUUGGGUAUAGGUUUUAAGUAUGGUUGGCUGGAAUAGCUGUAGGAGUGAUGGGUCUUCUGUCAUCUCGUCAUCUUCAUUCACAAAGAGCAGGUCAGGAUGAUCGAAGAAGUGGUCUUCAUAGAUGCGUCCAAAGAUGCGUCGCUCAUCUUUUGUUCUUGUCGUUCUUGUUUGUUGCUUAUCAGUGUCUUCCUCUUUUUCUUGACCAUUGCCUUCCUCAAUGACCUUCAUGUCAUUAUGGGCGUCAUUUGUCUCCUGAUAAUGAUGUGGUUCGUUGUUGUCAUCGUGUAUGUCCUCGAUUGCUGGUAAGGGCUCACUCACAGACGCCUCGGGCCGUUGUGAAUAGAUAAGAUCGAUUGCUGGUGGUGCUCGUGGCUUCUUCUCUUGUCCAGGCAGUAUCGCCUCAUCAAACAGCACAUCGCGUGACAGCACCAAUUGCCGUGUGUGCGGCAGGUACACGAGAUAGCCGUCCUUGGUCGCUGGGUCAUACCCAAGUAAGAUGCCGAUCUGCGUGCGAGAGUUUAUCUUGCCAAUCGUCUCUUUCCUCUGGUUGAUGUGUGCCUUGCAGCCGAAGGUGCGAAUGUGGCCGACAUCGGGUGGAUAGCCGAUGAAGAGCUCAUGUGGUGUCUUCAUUCCCUCGUUGGCUGCGGUUGGCGUGCGGUUCUUGAUGUACGUCGCUGUGGCCGUCGCAUAACACCAAUAAGAUGCGGGUAAGCCGGCAGUGAACAACAGUGCACGCGCCAUAGCACAAAUCACACCAAUGGCUCGCCCAGCCACUCCAUUCUGGGACUGAUGAUAUGGCAAACUCCUCUCUUGUCUUAUCUGGUUUGUCUCGCAGAACUCUUUCCACUGGCCCUUGAUGAGCUUCGCCCCUCCAUCUGUCCUCACUGCCUUAGGCAUGCGGACUGCAGUGCAGUACUGGAUGAAUGCAGGAGGGGCAUUCCGAUUUCUUCUUGAGGAAGUAAGUCUGCAGCCACCUUGAUGCAUCGUCGACCACCACCAUCAGGUACUUG